CAAGACGGUUUACCUUUUACACCUCCCGAGAAAACCCACUACUUAAACCUCCUUACAGCAGUUCGUUUUGCAGUACAAUAUAGUGGCGACGAGGAAAAUUUUGAUUUUGAUACGGUGCAGCAGCAGUGAAGACAGUAGUGUAUCUCCGGGAUUAUCUUGAUUAUCUUCCGUCGGAAGUCCCUUUUGCAGUCCGCAUCGGUAGGACAGAAGAUAAAAGUGAAGUGAAUCAUCGUUUUGCACAGCAGGGACAUUGUGCGACAAUUCAAUUAAAACGGGUCCGCUCCUCGGUCUCAUUGGAAAAUCGGUUGUUUCGUGGUGAGAUUGACCAAUUCAUCGGAUUUUGGCAGACAUGUCGUUUGUUGUAGCCCCAAACAUUGAGCCUUACCGUAAGGGCCAAACUUUUGCCACUUGGAUCAAGCGUCUAGCGGUCCAUUUCCAGGUGAACCAGGUCAAGGAUGCGGACAAAAAGGACCAAAUGUUCAUUCUCGGUGGCGAUUAUUUGUUCGGUGUCGCAGAGAAGUUGUACCCGACAGAAGCUUUAAUGGACGAGGUGGAGUAUGAGACUCUAGUCCAGAAGCUUAAGGAGAGGCUCGAUAGGACCGAUUCGGUCCUCAUUCAGCGGUACAAUUUUAGUACCAAGGUACAACAGCCUGGUGAAACCGCGAGCGAUUUUAUUUUCACGCUCAAGCUGCAAGCGGAGAAUUGCGAGUUCGGCGAUCAGAAGAAUCGGCUCAUUCUUGACCGGAUUCUGGUUGGUCUGUCGGACAACAAUCUUAAACAUCGCCUCCUCACGGAGGAUAGUUCUAAAUUCACGCUUGAGCAAGCGGAAAAAAUUAUCGCUACGUGGGAAAUGGCGGCAACUCACACCAGGGCUCUAUCGAACAAUGAUGACAUCGGAUUGGUAGCUUCCAUGAAUGAUCGUCACCCUCUAACUGGAGGAAGAGGCGCAGUAGUUCGGCGGAUGAAGGAGUUAGCUGAAGGUUUCCGUCGUCCGGUGAAGAGUCGACUUGGUGUGCGACCAGAAAUUCGAACGGCGGAGGAGCGCUAUCACUAUUCGCCGCGGCCUCGCUUACCAUCACAUACUGCACAGCGCCGGGAUCAGUCAGCUGGUCCGUCUCAUCAGCGAAACAGAGCGAAUGAUCAACAACGGGUAGAUCAGCGUAUUUGCGACUACUGUGGGCGCAGAGGUCACGUGCGGAGUAAGUGCUACAAGCUGAAGCAGGAAAAGAGAGGGACUGUGCAGCACAUCGACACCCUUGCAGCUGCAUCUAGUACGGGUAGCUUGACUGAGCGAUUAACACGAUUGAGGUCCAUGGAUUGUGACUCGGAUGGUAAUGAUUCAGGUGACUUAGAAUAUGGAGAUUGA